UCUUAACACAGACCACUGAUCAGUCAUUUAUCAGUGUGACAGGAUGAAGCUCCAUACACUCCAUCUGAUGAUCUUGUUUAUCCGAGUCGGACAAGCUGAAGUGUUUAAAGCAGUUCUGUCUGUGCAGCCGAAUUCAACACAGAUAUUUAGUGGAGAGAGAGUUACAUUCACGUGUUCUAUUUCUGGAGGGAGUGGAAAGUACCACUGGGUCAAAGAUGACGUUACUGUUCACAGCUCUGCUGAAAACUUCUACACUAUAAAAGUAGAUCAGAGUCACAAAUACAAAUGUUAUGGGUUUAAGGAUAGAGGGUCAACACCAUGGAGUAAUGAAGUGACUCUCUCAGUGAUAGAGAGACCUAAAGCCGUUCUGACUCUGCAGCCUGAUGGACAGAUAUUCAGUGGAGAGGAAGUCACUUUCAUAUGUGAAAUACCAGGACAUGCAGACACUGAGUGGACGUACAGCUGGUAUAAAGAUGGUGUCCAACUUUCCUCCUACAGUGUGAACAGGAAAUAUUCAUUCAGUGCUGUAGAGUCUUCCAGCGGUAAAUACACCUGCAGCGGACGAAGAAAAAACGACUCUCAGACCUUAGAGACCAGCGAUGCUGUUACACUCACUGUGUCAGAAAAUCCUAAACCUGAACUCACAUCAGACCUUAAAGAACCUGCACUGACAGGAAACUCAGUGACUCUGUACUGUAAACUGAAGCUGCAGUCUGCGGGAUGGAAGUUUUACUGGAUGACACCCACACACAGCACUGAGACUGAGACUAAAACAGAGCACUACUUUAUCAGAUCAGUUAGUGUCUCUGAUGGAGGUCAGUACAGGUGCAGAGCUGGAAGAGGAAACCCAGUCUACUACACACACUACAGUGAUGCACUCUGGGUAAAUGUUACUGAGCGUCUUAAAGCUGUGGUGACCAUAAAGCCUGAAAAUCAUGUGUUCAGAGGAGAGAGAGUGACUCUCAGAUGUGAAAUACAGGGAGGAGGAAACACUGAGUGGACAUACAGUUGGUAUAAGAAUGAUUACACACAAAACCCAUACCGCUUAUUACAGAACUUCAGCCUCAGCUCAGUUAGAAAUGAUAACGGGGGUAAAUACACCUGCAGAGGGAGGAGAAGCAGUGACUCUCAGAGAUCAGAGAUCAGUGAUGCUCUUAAACUCACUGUAUUAGACCCAGCAGAGACAGUAGUGAGUGUGUCUCCACUGAGCUGGCUGACUGAAGGAGACUCAGUGACUCUAAGCUGUGAGGUUAAACACUCCUCUACAGGCUGGACAUUCAGCUGGUACACAGAUGUUCCCUACAGAGACAGUCAGGGUUCCCUCAGGUACAGGACAGCGCUCCUCUCAGACAGCAGCAGAGGAUCUGGAGGCUCCUACACUCUCAGUCCUGUUACUCUGAAUCACACAGAAGUUUAUAUGUGCAGAGCAGAGAGAGGAGAACCAGUCUUUCACACACACUACAGUGAACCACAGCCACUGUGGAUCACUGCUGAAUCUCCUCCAGUGUCUCUGAUCAUCAGUCCCAACAGAACUCAACACUUUACUGCUGACUCUCUCUCACUGAGCUGUGAGGAACAGAGAGACUCUACUGGAUGGACAGUGAGACGAUACACACACAGUGAGACACUGUUCAAUUGUUCAUCAGUUUCAGGAUCUACAUGUAACAUCAGCUCCCUCUCUACAUCACACACUGGAGUUUACUGGUGUCAGUCUGAAUCUGGAGGACGCAGUAAUUCUCUCAACAUCACAGUGCACAAUGGUGAUGUGAUCCUGGAGAGUCCUGUCCAUCCUGUAACUGAGGGAAAUCCUCUGACUUUACACUGUUUAUAUCACAACACAAAGAUCUCAGACUCUGGUGCUGAUUUCUAUAAAGAUGGUUCAGUUCUCCAGAAGCAGACUACAGGAGAGAUGACCAUCAGUAGUGUCUCAAAGUCAGAUGAAGGUUUCUACCACUGUACACACCCAGAGAGAGGAGAGUCACCCAAAAGCUGGGUUUCAGUCAGAGAAGCUCCAAUGUCAGUGCUCAGACUGAUCAGUAGUCUAGUGACGGUCUCUGUGUAUCUGCUGCUCUCCAUCAUUCUGGCAGUGAAAUGUUACAGAGCUCGAGGGAUGUUUUUGUGUGUGACUUUCCUGACUCUCUUUAUGGAAUCUCAAUCAGAGGAUCUAAAGGUGUUUGGUCCAGGUGGUGCUCUUGUCACUAAUGCUGGUAAAGACCUGAUUCUGCCAUGUUUUAUCAAACCCAGUACCAGUGCUGUGGACAUGACAGUGCAGUGGAGGAAACUAGAUGCAAAGAACUCAUUAGUGCAUCUUUAUAAUAAACAUGAAGACAGAAAUAAAGAUCAGGCUCAGUCCUACAGAGGAAGAACAUCACUGUUUAAAGAGGAGCUACAGAAAGGCAACGCUUCACUCAAACUCUCAGCUCUCAGAGUCUCUGAUGAAGGACAAUAUCACUGUCUCAUUGGAGAUGAAUCCUGGGAGGAUGACACUGCUUUUUAUAUUGAGGUUGAGGCUCAGGGAAGUCACCCAGUGAUUACGAUGGAGAGUUAUGAUAACUCAGGAGGGAUUAAUCUAGUGUGUGAGUCCAGAGGCUGGAACCCUGAACCUGAUGUUUGGUGGCUGGACAGAGAAGGAGACAUUCUGCCUGCUGAAGAGACACAGACACACAGAGAGACUGAGGGCUUCAGUGUGAAACGCCGCAUCACUGUUCAUGAUUAUAGCAGCUCUAACAAAUUUUACUGCAGAUUUCUACAAAACCGUCACAUGAUGGAAGCAGAGGUUAUCAUUAAUAGUAAAGUCUUUAAUGCUGUGUGGAAGUGGGCUGUCGGCAUUUCAGUUCCAGCAUGUAUAACUGCUGUGGGAUUAUUAAUAACUGCAGCUGUUUUUUACAAGAAAGUGUUGCCAAAAUCUGAUUUUGAAAAAGUGAUGGAGAAAAUUGUAGCGCCACAGAGACGAAGAAUAGAACAAAAGUUAGCAGAGAUGAAGAAGUCUGCAGUGGAUGUGACUCUGGAUCCUGAUACAGCUCAUCCUGAUCUCAUCCUGUCUGCUGAUGGAAAAGAAGUGAAGGAAGGAAACAAACGACAGAAUCUCCCUGAUACACCACAGAGGUUUACUGAUUAUCCCUGUGUUUUGGGAAAGCAGAGUUUCUCCUCAGGGAGAUUUUAUUAUGAGGUUCAGGUCAGCGGGAAAACAUGGUGGACUUUAGGAGUAGCGAGAGAGAACAUUAACAGGAAGGAGAAGAUUACAUGGGGACCUCAGAAUGGAUUCUGGACUGUGGAACUGUGGAAUGGGAAUAGUUAUGAUGCUCGUGCUGGUCCUGAUGUCCCCCUGACACUGAGAGAGAAGGUGGAGAAGGUGGGGGUGUUUGUGGAUUAUGAGGAGGGUCUGGUCUCCUUUUAUGAUGUGAACUCCAGAUCUCAUAUCUACUCUUUCACUGGUCAGACUUUCACUGAGAAACUCUAUCCAGUCUUCUGUCCUCGGUAUGAGGAUAAACCACUGAUCAUCUCUCCUGUGUGUAACACUGAGUGAAUUUUCACCUCACAGAUUUAAUAACCUGGUAAAAGUCAGAAUAAAUAAGAACUUUUUCUGCUUCAUUUCAGAAAUAUAUGUUUUUUUUUCUCUACAGUUUGUACACAGGAUUUACACUUUAUUAAUGUUCAUACCUGUUUAUUUUAUUUGUUUGUCUUACA